AUGCACUUCGAAGUAGAAGUCGAAAACUUUACAAAUAAACAACACAUCAUGCCUGAACAUAUUGAUUUGCAAGAAUCGACCCCUAGAAUGAGCAAGUCACAGUCUUCCUCCGUCGAGGAUCUCAACGCUACCCUGGAGAAACCACACCCUUCACCUCUCGAGCGCUUGAAGAAACAAUGGAAGGAGAUCAAAAAGGAGUGGGGGCCUCUCAUGGCGGCCAAAGAGGAUAUGGAUGACGAGUAUACUUUCCCACCGGGUCGUUAUUCUGGGCAAAGAUAG